GCCUACAUAUGCCUGCAUGUCCUAAAAUGGAAUUGACGACAAAGAUCUUACAUGACCACCCACAAUAUAUGGAAGAAUGCGCAGGCAUUCUAAAUGAGGAGUGGCCAAGAAGUAAAACGGCGAGGCUCCACAGUCUUCAAAAGUCGAAUGACAAGUUCCCAAUUUGUCUAGUACUGGUCAGUAAGGAGAAGGGGAAAGAACUUCUGUUGGGUCACAGCAAACUUUCUGUUGUGUAUGGAAAAGAGAAAUGUUGCCUGAUAGAAUCAGUAUGUGUGAGAAAGAACCUAAGGGGAAAAGGAUAUGGGAGAGCUAUCAUGGAUGAGGCAGAAAAGUUUGCCAAAAGUUGCGGUUACUGCACCAUGUACUUGACGACACACGAUAAACAGGACUUCUAUAAACACCUAAACUACAACUUCUGUGAUCCAGUCAUCAGCUUUGGUGCAGAUCCGAAACUUAUACCAGACUGUUUAAUAAAACAGCUGACAGCUACAACUUUGAGACCUCAGGAAAAGGAACAAGAAACAUCAGACAAACAGAAUAAUGCGUUAUCAGAGUUACACCAGACAAACCUACCAUCCCCAUCCCCACCCCCUCCACCUCCUCCUACUACUGCCCCACUACCUCCACCUCCUCCUCCACCUCCUUCUUAUGCCCCACUACCUCCACCACCCCCUCCUACUACGGCGAAAACUGUGCUGGGUAAACCAGAGAUUGUGAAAUGGGACCCUAGAAAUAUAUCCUGGAUGAGGAAGGAUCUAAGUUGAUACCCAAAAUGUGUUGAUAACCUGAAUGAGUAUUGCUUUGGUGAAUCAGGAGGUAAAAUAGAUAAUUAGUAAUAAUAAUUUUUGAGGUUCUUAUAUACCGCUUUAUCACAACCUAGUUUGUAGGUUGUCUCAAAGCGGUUCACAAA